AUGCACCUCAUGGAGAAAGGAGAAGGGGAAAAUCAAACGUCCAUCAUGGAAUUCAUCCUCCUGGGGUUUGGGGAUCUCCCCGAGCUGCAGAUCCUUCUCUUCCUGCUUUUUCUAGUGAUCUACAUUGUGACCAUGUCUGGGAACAUCCUCAUGGUUGCGCUAGUUGUGGCUUAUCAGCACCUUCACACCCCCAUGUACUUCUUCCUGGGGAACUUGUCCUGCUUGGAGACCUGCUACCUCUCCACCAUCCUGCCUAGGAUGCUGGCCAGUCUCCUGACUGGGGACAGAACCAUUUCUGUGGAGGGCUGCAUGAUACAAUUGGUUUUAUUUGGUUCUCUGGUAACUACAGAGUGUUAUCUUCUGACAGUGAUGUCUUAUGAUAGGUAUUUAGCCAUAUGCAAACCGCUACACUAUGGCACCCUUAUGAAUGGCAGGCUGUGUCUCCAGCUAGCGGCUGGGUCUUGGAUAAGUGGAUUUCUAGUUUGUAGAAUAUUCAUCUGUCUUAUGCCACAGUUAAUUUUCUGUGGCCCUAAUGAAAUUGACCAUUUCUUUUGUGAUUUCACCUCACUGAUUCAACUCUCCUGCAGCGACACCAGCCAGGUCACCCCAUUUAUUUAUAUAUUUUCCUUCCUAGAUGCCGUUUCCCCUUUUCUCUUAACCCUGGCUUCCUAUAUUUGUAUCAUUGCGACCAUCCUGGUAAUCCCAUCCACCACAGGGAGGCAAAAGGCCUUUUCCACCUGCUCCUCUCACCUCAUUAUGGUGGCACUUUUCUAUGGGACCAUAAUGAUUGUCUACAUGCUACCAAAAUCUGGUACCUGGAGAGCCCUGAACAAAGUGUUCUCCAUCGGCCACACAGUCCUGACUCCCCUGGCCAAUCCGCUCAUCUACAGCCUGAGAAACAGAGAGGUCCAGGAGGCCCUGAGAAAUGCUGUGAGGAGAGCUGUGACCCUUACAAAGAAUCCAGACUAG